UGCUCCUGCGAGAGCAGCGGGGGCCGCGGAGCUGGAGCUGGAGCUGGAUCCCGAGCCGGGGCCGGGGCGGGAGUCGGGGUCGGGGCCGGGCCGGAGCGGGCUCCAACGAUAUGGGGUCGGCCGACUCCAAGCUGAAUUUCCGAAAGGCGGUGAUCCAGCUCACCACCAAGACGCAGCCCGUGGAAGCCACCGAUGACGCCUUUUGGGACCAGUUCUGGGCGGACACGGCCACCUCGGUGCAGGAUGUCUUUGCGCUGGUGCCGGCGGCGGAGAUCCGGGCAGUGCGGGAGGAGUCCCCCUCCAACCUGGCCACUCUGUGCUACAAGGCUGUGGAGAAGCUGGUGCAGGGAGCCGAGAGUGGCUGCCAUUCGGAGAAGGAGAAGCAGAUUGUCCUGAACUGCAGUCGGCUCCUCACGCGUGUGCUGCCUUACAUCUUUGAGGACCCGGACUGGAGGGGCUUCUUCUGGUCCACGGUGCCCGGGGCGGGGCGAGGAGAGGGAGAAGACGAUGACGAGAAUGCCCGGCCCCUGGCUGAGUCCCUACUCCUGGCCAUUGCUGACUUGCUCUUCUGCCCAGAUUUUACUGUCCAGAGCCACCGGAGGAGCACUGUGGACUUGGCGGAGGACAUGCACUCCCUGGACAGCUGUGAAUACAUCUGGGAGGCGGGCGUGGGCUUUGCUCACUCGCCCCAGCCCAACUAUGUCCACGACAUGAACCGGACGGAGCUGCUGAAGCUGCUGCUGACGUGCUUCUCUGAGGCCAUGUACCUGCCUCCAGCUCCGGACAGUGGCAGCACCAACCCGUGGGUGCAGUUCUUCUGUUCCACAGAGAACAGACACGCCCUGCCCCUCUUCACCUCCCUGCUCAACACCGUGUGUGCCUAUGACCCUGUGGGCUACGGGAUCCCCUACAACCACCUGCUCUUCUCCGACUACCGGGAACCCCUGGUGGAGGAGGCCGCCCAGGUGCUGAUCGUCACCUUGGACCACGACAGCGCCUCCAGCGCCAGCCCCACCGUGGACGGCACCACCACGGGCACGGCCAUGGACGACGUCGACCAGCCUCCAGGUCCCGAGAACCUGUUUGUGAACUACCUGUCCCGCAUCCAUCGCGAGGAGGACUUCCAGUUCAUCCUCAAGGGCAUAGCCCGGCUGCUGUCCAACCCCCUGCUCCAGACCUACCUGCCCAACUCCACCAAGAAGAUCCAGUUCCACCAGGAGCUGCUGGUCCUCUUCUGGAAGCUCUGCGACUUCAACAAGAAAUUCCUCUUCUUUGUGCUGAAGAGCAGCGAUGUGCUGGACAUCCUGGUCCCCAUCCUCUACUUCCUCAACGAUGCCCGAGCAGAUCAGUCUCGGGUGGGCCUGAUGCACAUUGGUGUCUUCAUCUUGCUGCUUCUGAGCGGGGAGCGGAACUUCGGGGUGCGGCUGAAUAAGCCCUACUCAGUGCGCGUGCCCAUGGACAUUCCGGUCUUCACGGGGACCCAUGCUGACCUGCUCAUUGUGGUAUUCCAUAAGAUCAUCACCAGUGGGCACCAGCGGCUGCAGCCCCUCUUCGAUUGCCUGCUCACCAUCGUGGUGAACGUGUCCCCCUACCUCAAGAGCCUGUCCAUGGUGGCGGCCAACAAGCUGCUGCACCUGCUGGAGGCCUUCUCCACCACCUGGUUCCUCUUCUCGGCCGCGCAGAACCACCACCUGGUCUUCUUCCUGCUGGAGGUCUUCAACAACAUCAUCCAGUACCAGUUCGACGGCAACUCCAACCUGGUCUACGCCAUCAUCCGGAAGCGCAGCGUCUUCCACCAGCUGGCCAACCUGCCCACCGACCCGCCCGCCAUCCACAAGGCCCUGCAGCGGCGCCGGAAAGCGCCCGAGCCCUUGUCCCGCACCAGCUCCCAGGAGGGCGCCUCCAUGGAGGGCUCCCGCCCGGCCGCCCCCGCCGAGCCGGGCACCCUCAAGACCAGCCUGGUGGCCACCCCAGGCAUUGACAAGCUGACGGAGAAGUCCCAGGUGUCCGAGGAUGGCACCUUGCGGUCCCUGGAGCCUGCGCCCCCCCAGAGCUCCGCGGACGGCAGUCCAGCUGAGGAGGAGCCCAGCCAGACGUGGCGGGAGCAGCGGCGACUGUCCAGCGCGUCAGCCAGUGGGCAGUGGAGCCCCACGUCGGAGUGGGUCCUCUCCUGGAAGGCGAAGCUGCCGCUGCAGACCAUCAUGCGGCUGCUGCAGGUGCUGGUGCCCCAGGUGGAGAAGAUCUGCAUUGACAAGGGCCUGACGGACGAGUCGGAGAUCCUGCGGUUCCUGCAGCACGGCACCCUGGUGGGGCUGCUGCCCGUGCCCCACCCCAUCCUCAUCCGGAAGUACCAGGCCAACGCGGGCACGGCCAUGUGGUUCCGCACCUACAUGUGGGGCGUCAUCUACCUGAGGAAUGUGGACCCGCCUGUCUGGUAUGACACCGACGUGAAGCUGUUUGAGAUCCAGCGGGUGUGAGGAUGGAAAUCUACAAGGAACAGGGGCUGGGAGAGGGUGGGGGGCCCCGGUCCGCCCAUCCUCCUCCCCACACCUCGACCCACUGACCGUUCUGAGCUUUAACUUACUAUGAUCAGGGUGGGGGGCUGGCAGAGUGACGGAGCCCUGGGUGGCAGCUCCCGGAGGCCCCUAUGGCUGGGAUGCUGGGGAUCGGCCUGACCUUCCCUGAACUCCCCCCGCCCACUCCUGGAGCAUCCUGUCUCCCUGGCCAGAGCCCCACCGCCCUCUGCUCCCCUCAAGGCCUGUCUCUAAGCUGACUCGGUGCCCGCCCAGCUCCCUGCCACUCACUGAGGCCUCCUGUGCCCUCUGCGUUGCCUAAAAGGGAGCCGUGGGCUGUUUCUUGGGGCCCCUGGGCAGUGAGGGGGCCUUAGCUCCUACCGGAAGCCACCUGUGCAGCCUGGCUCACUGCCAGGGCCUGAGGGCGGAGGGUGUGUGGCCUGGGGGCUUGUGGAGGCUGGGGGCUGGCUGGCUGGCUGCAGAAGCCAGGCUGGGGGACCCCAUGCAUUUUAGGGGCUUGGCAUGGGGUGUCGAGGGUAUCCUGCUAUAUUCUGCCUGGUCGGUGGAUAUAGCCUGGCCCCAUCUUAUAUCCAGUAACGGGGGCAAAGGGAACGAGGAGGGGGCAGCUGUUCAGUCCUCCUCACCCCCAUCCACUGCCUGGAGGACCUGUGGGGGGGCAGGACGCCACCCCUCCAGCCUCCCCUCCGGCCUCCAGGCUCUGGCCUCUGGCCCCCUCACCCCUCCUGUGUCAGUACAAUCUCUGCUGUGUACAAUCGGCCACUUCACACAAUAAACCGCUGUCCACGCCCUG